AUGCGUACCUCGAAUCCUGAAGGUUGUGGAGGGACUUGUGAUAGAUUCAGCAGUCUUUCUGAUGAAGUUGCUCAUGAAAUUCUCUCCUUCCUUACCAUCGAAGAAAUUGCUCGUAUAAGUGUGGUCUCCAAAAGAUUCAGACGGCUCUCUCUCUCUGCCCCAUAUUUGUUCCUUAAUUUUUCAUGCACCAAAAUAUCGAAAGUGGGUAAUACUCUGCUUAAUACAGAUAGGUUUGUUAGUCUGCUUGAUGGGACGACGAAAUUGCGACGUUUUGUUCUUAAGAAUGUUUUUCUCUACUCGGAGGAUAUUAUUCAGGUAUGCAACUGGACUCGUGAAGCCGCAGAGAUCGAUUUAUCAUUUGUAAUGUUCGACAAAGAUUGUUUUUCUCUACAACCAUCCACCUUCGUGAGAGCCAUCAAAUUGAGACUUCACGGCGGCAAUCUCAAACUGCCCUCUUUUACCACUUCUUUUAGUUCGCUCCAGGUUUUGGACAUAAAAAGUAUAAAACUUCCCAACAACUUGCCUGACAAAUGGGUUUCAUCUCUCUUCCCCGUAAUUAAAAAGUUAAUUCUGGAAGACGUAGAAGAUAUAAAAGAUCUUAAUAUCUCGAGUUCGUCUCUCGAAUUUCUAAGCAUAAACAGGUGUACCCUUCGCAGAGUCGUUGUGCUUGCCCAGAGACUCCAGACCCUAUGUGUGGGGUCGUGCAACUUACUUCGCUAUUGGUUAUUUAAAAUUUAUGCACCCAGCCUUCAAAAUAUCAGUUGGACUGCAAAUAGUUACUCCUUCCAGGGAGGCUUUGUGUGCUUAAAAGAUUCAUAUCAUGCGAACAUAGAUGCUCCAAGGAUUAAGCUUCUUCAAUUUAUAAACAAUGCCAAAUCAGUUACAGUAGGAGCCAAUAUUCUUCAGGUGCUAUUAGCAGAAGAUUUGAUAGGGCAUUCGUUGGAUAAUGUGCAAAACUUGGAUAUGCAAGUUUCUUGUAAGGAAAAUUAUAGAGUGCCUGCACUGGCCUUCUUGUUUGGAAGAUUGCAUAAUUUGAAGACCCUGACCAUCAGAUGCAUUGAUAGAGAGACUUUUGGUUGUGAUGGGUCAAAAGUAUUGUUGGCUCUAGAGACGCGUGAUUUUAAUAUCGAUAUGGAGUAUUGGAAGUCUCAAGAUGUUGCAUUUAUCCAUCAAUUGAAGGAAGUGAAGAUUGAGAUUCGUAAAUGGGGAUGUGAAGUUGGACUCGUAAAAUAUUUGAUCAAGCAUGCAAAAGCACUAGACAAGAUGAUUGUCACUUUUUCAAGCAAUAUUGAUACUAGUAUAAAGAGGUUGAUCUGCAAAAAGCUAUUAGAAUUUUACAAGGCAUCUCCUAUUGCCACAUUAGAUUUUGUGUUGAAAUGA